AUGUCAGGAUCUGCCGGAUUUGAUAGACACAUUACGGUUUUUUCACCAGAAGGACGACUUUAUCAGGUCGAAUAUGCAUUCAAAGCAAUCAACUCUGCCAAUAUUACUUGCUUAGGAGUUGUUGGUGAGGACAGCUCUGUGUUUGUUUCACAGAAAAAGAUUCCAGACAAACUUUUAGAUCCUGCUUCAAUCACAUAUAUUUUUAAAAUAUCCCCAUCAAUUGGAAUGUUAGCCACAGGAUCCAUUGCUGAUGGAAGAGCACUUGCUAUCAGAGCCAGAUCAGAAUCAGCGGAGUUCAAGUACAAGUAUGGAUACGAAAUGCCAGUGGACACGUUAACGAAAAGAAUGGCAAAUUUGGCCCAAGUUUACACUCAGAGAGCUUACAUGAGACCAAUGGGUGUUUCAUUAAUGUUUAUUGGAGUGGAUGAUGAACUUGGACCAUUACUUUUGCAGACGGACCCUGCCGGAUAUUAUUGUAGUGCACAGGCUAUUGCCGUUGGAACAAAGAAGCAGGAACUUAGUACAGCAUUAGAGAGGGCGUACAAGAAGAAAACCAAGGGACAUUACCGCGAUGAGAAUGGAAAGAGAAAGUUAUUGGUUGAGGGAAACGCAAAUAAGGUCAUCGAGUACGCUAUAACGUUGUUGUCUAAUACUUUAGGUACCGAAUUUAGAAAAAAUGAUCUAGAAGUUGGUGUUGCAACAAAGGGUGCAUUUAGAUCCUUGACUCCAGAUGAAAUUGAUGAGCGUUUGAUUUCCAUAGCUGAGCAAGAUUAA